UAGAGCCAUAAUUACAAGUUUUUUACUUCAAUUAUGGUUGAAAAAAUAUAUUGGAUUCAUUUAAUAUCUUUCCAAGUUUUGUUCUAAUUUUGAACUAGAUUGAUGGGUUAAUUGAUUGUCUAACUGCGAGAAAGCUAACCUUUGAAACUUUAAAAAAGUUUUUGAGUUUUAAUGUUGUUAAAAGAUGGCAGUUUCUUUUCAUAGGUUUCCAUGGUGGUUUUGGGGUGGUGGAAAUAAGGAGAAACAGCCAGUUUCAAAUGGGUCUUCUUUAAAUUCUCUGAAUUCUUCUUCUUCUUCUUCUUCUACUUCUGAUUGGGGAUUGGGCUUGAGAGAGUCUGAAACUAUUAAAUUCCAAACAAAGAUAACCCAAAGGAAAGGAAAGACAAAGUGGCAAGGUAGUGAGGAGAGGAAGGUGAUUGAUGAAGAAUGUGAUGUUGUGGUGAUUCCAUCAGAUGGUUUACAUUUGUCUGGAUAUGAUUCAGAAGGUCCAGAAUGGUCCAUUGGUUGGGAAGAACCACAUGGUCCUGGCUUUCAAGGCCAUGAUGAGGAUGAUGGUGGGUUUGCUGUUCUGGUUCCAUCUUAUAGACCUGGUUGCAAGGAACUCGCCGAAAGCCCCAAUAACCAGCUCUUGAGUGCAAUCGAGAACCUCCCUACUGGAUUCUCUUCCGAGGGAAGCAACUUGGUGCCGCCGUGGUUUUCGUCCUUCCCGAACUUCUGAACCGACUGACAGUCUGUAGGUGAAGUUUAAUGAUUCAGCGGAGGGUUCUCAUGAAGAAGUAAUUAGCAUCAGUGUGUAAUGUAUAUAUUUUAUGAAGAAAACGAAGUCGCGAUUAUGGUGGAGAUGGGAUCUGCAUCAGCUUCUGGUAGAAUUCAGGGGUCAACAACAGCUAUGGAGGAUGGAGAUAUUUCCAUGAUGUCACUCUGUUUUGGUUAGUCAUCCUCCCUGCUUACAUUCGUUUGAGAGACACUCGUUUCUUCACGGAUGGGAUCUCACUAUCUUUUCGCGGAACACCUUUUUAAGUUAAAUAUACGAUGAACACUUGUAUCCAAAUCUAUAUAAUACAUAAUUUAAAACACGUGUUUUCUUAA